AUGCACUAUCAAGAUCAUCUUACCAAAUUUAGCGUGCUUAGAGCUCUGAAAUCUAAGAGAGCUGCUGAAGUUGGGUAUCAAUUACUUGACAUUUUUCUUCUCUUUGGUGCACCCCAUAUCCUCCAAAGUGAUAAUGGAAGAGAGUUCACUGCACAUAUAAUUACUGAACUGAAAUCGUUAUGGUCAGAAUUAGUAAUAGUUCAUGGGCGACCAAGACAUCCCCAAAGUCAAGGGUCUGUAGAAAGAGCAAAUGCAGACAUUAAAGAAAUGCUCAUAUCAUGGAUGAAUGACAAUGACACAAGACAGUGGUCUGAAGGUUUGCGCUUCGUGCAAUUUCAAAAAAAUAGAUCAUAUCACAGAGUAAUUGAUCAAUCGCCUUAUCAUGCUCUGUUUGGUUCUGACCCAAAGAUAGGUUUAUCUUCAUCUUCUUUGUCCAAGGAACUUUUGCCAAAUCUUGAAAAUGAGGAAGAUCUGGAAAAAGUGUUUAAAGAGGUUUCAGAGGAGGACAGUGAAAUUGAGAUUGAUGGAACGGAUGAAAACACAGAUGCUGAAUCGGUAGAGUCAGAAAGAGAACUUUUAACGAUUCUGGAUCAACAACUACAACUAUUGAAGUAG